AUGAAGAUUCUCUUAUGGAACUGCCGUGGAGCGGGGAAGCCGUCAUUUAUCCCGGCAUUUCGCAGGUUAGUGCACCAUCAUAGCCCUGAUAUUUGUGUCCUUCUCGAGACCCGGUUAUCCGGUAGGGGCCUUCAGAAGGCAAGAAGGGCAGUUCCGGGAGGGUGGGGAUUCUUUGCAGUUGACUCUCAAGGGCUAUCCGGUGGUAUCAUUGUUACUUGGGCGCAGGGGUGCUGUCAGUUGGAUAUUUUCAAUGUUUGCAACCAAGAGGUGAUUAUGGUCAUCUCGGAGGGGAACAGAAAUCCGUGGGUUUUGGCAGCGGUGUAUGCGAGUACAGAUUAUAGGGUGAGGAGGGUCUUGUGGGAGGAGGCCACCCAGUUGAUUAGUCAGGGACAUCCAAUGCUGCUGGCAGGUGAUUUUAAUUGCAUAGUUGAUCCACAGGAGAAGAUGGGGGGGAAGCCUUUCUCUUUUGAGAGGAAGAUUAGGGAGUUCCAGGACUUCCUUAUGAUGAAUGGUUUAGUUGAUUUGGGCUUUGCUGGCCCAAAGUUCACAUGGUGUAAUAACCAGCAGGGUCAGGCCAGAGUUUGGGAGAGGCUAGACAGAGCUUGUGCUACUGCUGGGUGGAUACAGAGUUUCCCUGAUUACCAGGUCCGUCAUUUGCCGAGGAUUGCUUCGGACCACUGUCCACUAUUGGUUAGUACCGAUGCACUUGCUCCAGCUCGUUCCCCCUUCAGGUUUGAGAAGAUCUGGCUCGGCUAUCCUCGUUCUUGGGAGAUGGUGCGGGAGGCCUGGAGGGUGCCUGUUAGGGGAGACGCUAUGUAUCGAGUCUCCCGUAGAUUGGAGAUGACGAGGAGACGGCUCCGGCGGUGGAACCGUGAGGAGGUGGGGAAUAUCUUUAGGAGGGUGGAGGAUCUCGAGGGGGUGAUCACUAGACUACAGCUUCAGGAGUCCCAGGGGGGGGGCUUAUCAGAGGAGGAGGUGGGGAAGCUUAGAUCCCACUUGGCACUGCACGACUCUCUACUCAGACAGCAUGAGAUAUUUUGGAGACAGAAGUCUAGGAUACAGUGGUUAUUGGAGGGGGAUCGGAAUACUAGUUUUUUUCAUCAGGCGACAGUUAUCAGGAGACAUCAGAAUCGGAUCAAAGCUAUCAGGGGCGAGGAUGGGCUGAUGACGGAGGAUCCUGUUCAGAUUCGUCGGAUUGUGGAGAGCUUUUUCAGGACACGGUGGACUGAGCAGUUAGGGGAUGGGAGCUCAGAGGACAUUCCAGUGCCGGGGGUUGGGGUGUCGGAGGAGGAGACUGCAGCGCUGAUCAGGCCGGUUUCGGAGAGGGAGGUUAGGGAGGCGGUGUGGUCCCUUGAGGGGGACAAGGCUCCGGGGCCAGAUGUUCUUUUGUACGUCUGCGAUGCCUUCCGAGUGGCAGCAGACCUUUAUCACAUUGAUACCGAAACGGCAGGACGCUACUGA